AUGCUUCCAUCCAAUCAUCACCUGCGUCGUAAGAGAUUUCAUGCUUGGGAAUAUAUUGAACCCGAGUUUCCCGAAGACGUUCUGGAUUUUUCAAAAGAAGAAUUACCACAUGGAUUCGAACAUCUUCGUUCACACAAUUAUUUCUUCUCCGAAUUUGAUAUGGCCUAUCCCAGUGGAAUUAGCGAACAAAGUUUACCAUCAGACAUUCCCGAUCAGCUUUUUGAUGGUAUUGAUUUUUGUGAAGACUUGUGGGAAAACACUGUGCUAUGUCAAACUAAAAAAAAGUAUGAUAAAUUUUGCCAAAAAGAUAUUGCAAAUUAUUUGAAAUGUCGAUUAAAGAGAGACAACAACAUUCGUGUGAGAACGUUGCAAUACGAAACAUACACCAUGACACGAGAAGAUUUACCAGAACUUUAUAAAAGAAAGCAAGCUAUUGAAGACAAAAUUAAAAUCGUUGAAAAUGAUUUGGCAAAGGCUAUUAAACCUCCCUACCGUGAUGUUUGUAAAGAACAAUUACAUUUGAACGAUUUACAAUUUUUAGAUUUACGAUUGUAUUAUCUAAAAAAGGCCUUGAGUUUGAAGGAACGAACGCAACUAUAA